UAAAUUUUACUAAUGAAACACAUCCAUUAUUAACUUUUCUCAAGUGAAACUACUCUCUCUCUCAAUCUCUCUCUCCCCUCUGCCUUCUUCUUCUUGUCCACCAGAGUUCCACGCUCUGCUUUAAUCCAUCUUCUUCCCAUUUUCAUCUCUCUUCGCACUCUCUUUCUCAAUCUCUAUGGAGAAGAAGAAAAGCCAUUUUGGAAACAAGCAUUUUCUCAUCUUAGCCAUCUUCUCAAUCUUCCACUCUGUUGAACCCCAAGAACUUAGCCCUGAUGCUCCUGCAAUGGCGGCUCUCAAAAAGAGCCUAAACCCAACUGAAUCCCUUGGCUGGUCCGACCCCAACCCUUGCAAAUGGAACCACGUCCUCUGUUCCGACGACAAUCGUGUCACUCGAAUCCAAAUCGGCCGCCAAAAUCUCCAAGGUAUGCUCCCUUCUAAUAUCCAAAAUCUCACAGCUCUUGAGCGAUUAGAGCUUCAAUGGAACAAAAUCUCUGGCCCUUUGCCGAGUUUGAGUGGAUUAGCCUCUUUGCAAGUGCUUUUGCUUAGUGGGAAUCAGUUCACUUCCAUUCCGGCCGAUUUCUUCGCCGGAAUGACCUCUCUUCAGGCCGUUGAGAUCGACGAAAACCCCUUUUCAGCUUGGGAGAUUCCGGCCAGUCUACGAAAUGCUUCUACGCUACAGAACUUCUCAGCCAAUUCUGCGAAUGUUACCGGUCGGAUUCCGGAGUUUCUCGGCAGCGAGGACAUUCCGGGGCUUACUAAUUUGCAUCUUGCUUUUAAUAGUCUUCAAGGGGGUCUUCCUUCCAGCUUUUCUGGAUCUCAAUUGGAGUCUUUGUGGGUUAAUGGACAAAAGAGCGUUGAUAAACUUAGUGGGAGUGUUGAUGUUUUGCAGAACAUGACUUCUUUGAUUGAAGUUUGGUUGCAUUCGAAUUCAUUUUCGGGUCCUUUACCAGAUUUUUCAAGGUUAAAGGAUUUGCAGGUGUUGAGUUUAAGAGAUAACAAGUUUACUGGUCCUGUUCCAAGUUCUUUGGUGAAUUCUCCAUCGUUGAAAGUGGUGAAUUUGACUAAUAAUCUGCUUCAAGGUCCAAUUCCUCUGUUUAAAACAGGGGUUGUUGUGGAUUUGACAAAUGAUUCCAACAGUUUUUGUUUGCAAGAUACUGGGGAAUGUGAUUCACGAGUGAAUACAUUGCUUUCUAUUGUGAAAUUUAUGGGUUAUCCUCAAAGAUUUGCAGAGAAUUGGAAGGGAAAUGAUCCAUGUGCUGAGUGGAUUGGAAUUUCUUGCAGGAAUCAAAGUAUAACCAUCAUAAACUUUCAGAAAAUGGGACUUUCUGGUGUUAUUUCUCCUGAGUUUGCAUCUCUUAAAGGGCUGGAAAGAUUGGUUCUUGCUGAUAAUAAUCUCACAGGUUCUAUUCCUGAGGAGCUUACAACUCUUCCUUUUCUAACUGAGUUGGAUGUUUCGAAUAAUCAGCUUUCUGGGAAGAUUCCUAAGUUUAGGAGUAAUGUAAUGAUGACCAUCACUGGUAACCCUGAUAUUGGGAAAGAAAAGAGUGAUUCUUCUUCUAAUGGUGCUUCGGCGUCAGGGAGUUCAAAUGACAGGAAGGAAGCAGGGUCUAAUGGUGGUGGAAACUCCGGAAAUGGGAAUAAUUCCAUGGUUGGAGUCAUUGUUCUUUCUGUUGUUGGUGGUGUCUUUGUUCUGUUCUUGAUUGGAUUGGUGGUUUUGUGUGUGUAUAAAAUGAAGCAGAAACGAUUUAGUCAGGUGCAAAGCCCGAAUGCUAUGGUUAUUCAUCCGCGCCAUUCGGGUUCCGAUAAUGAGAGUGUAAAGAUCACAGUUGCUGGAUCGAGUGUUAGGGUUGGUGCAAUUAGUGAAACACAAUAUGGUGCUAGCAGUGAGACUGGGGAUAUUCAAAUGGUUGAAGCUGGGAACAUGGUGAUUUCAAUUCAGGUGUUGAAAAACGUCACCAAUAAUUUCAGUGAAGAGAACAUUUUGGGACAGGGAGGGUUCGGAACUGUUUACAAAGGAGAGUUGCACGACGGGACAAAGAUUGCAGUGAAGAGAAUGGAAUCAGGAGUCAUUAAAGGCAAGGGACUAACAGAGUUCAAGUCUGAGAUUGCUGUUUUGACAAAAGUUCGGCACCGACAUCUCGUCGCUCUUCUCGGAUACUGCUUAGAUGGGAACGAGAAACUUCUCGUCUACGAGUAUAUGCCUCAAGGUACUCUUAGCAGACAUCUUUUCAACUGGCCAGAAGAAGGAUUGAAACCUUUGGAAUGGACAAAGAGGCUAACCAUUGCAUUAGAUGUUGCAAGGGGUGUUGAGUAUCUUCAUGGUUUGGCACAUCAAAGCUUUAUACAUAGGGAUUUGAAGCCUUCAAACAUCCUUCUUGGAGAUGAUAUGAGAGCUAAGGUUGCAGACUUUGGUCUUGUCCGUCUAGCACCAGAAGGUAAGGGUUCUAUUGAGACGAGGAUCGCCGGGACCUUUGGAUAUUUGGCACCAGAGUAUGCAGUUACCGGUCGCGUAACGACUAAAGUUGAUGUAUUCAGCUUCGGUGUGAUUCUAAUGGAGCUAAUCACAGGGAGAAAGGCUCUUGACGAGAGCCAGCCUGAGGAGAGCAUGCACCUUGUAACUUGGUUCCGUCGGAUGCAAAUCAACAAGGACUCCUUCCAUAAGGCCAUCGAUCCAACCAUCGAUCUUACCGAAGAAACAUUUGCCAGCAUCAACACCGUGGCGGAGUUGGCAGGUCAUUGUUGUGCUAGGGAGCCAUAUCAAAGGCCAGAUAUGGGUCAUGCAGUCAAUGUACUAUCAUCACUUGUUGAGUUUUGGAAACCAACUGACCAGAACUCCGAAGAUAUAUACGGCAUUGACCUUGAAAUGUCAUUGCCUCAAGCUCUCAAGAAAUGGCAGGCUUAUGAAGGUAGAAGUCAAAUGGAAUCGUCUUCAUCGUCCCUCCUUCCUAGCUUCGACAACACUCAAACCAGCAUACCGACACGACCAUAUGGAUUUGCAGAAUCUUUCACAUCUGCAGAUGGAAGAUGAAAAGUAUUUCUAGUGUAAAAGGUUAUCUUUUUUGCUUUGCAAGUUAUUCUUCAUUUACUUCUUGCAAAAAUAGUGUUUAUAUGUAAUUGUUCUCGACCCUUCAGUUUGCACCAAUUUUUCAUGUUUUUAGUAUAGAUGCAAAAUAGUUAUCGUCGACCCUUCAAUUUGCAUCAAAUUUUCAUGUUUUUAAUAUAUGGAUGUGUAUUAGUAUUUUGAAACAAACAAAAAGAUUGUUAAGACAUGGGGAAAAGGAAUAUUUAGAUUUA